CGGAGGUCGGCCCCACGACUGUCGCCGACCGUGCCAAGCUGGGCGGAACGCAUCCCCCGGACGCCACGCGAGCUAGACCAGUCUAGGCCGUGUCGUCCGCCCAGGACCACGUUCGCCGUAAAUGGGUUGUGCCCGACCUAUAGCCGAAGGUUGGGGACCGGACGACACGGCCAAGGCAGCCGAGGCCGGGCAUGCGGCGCUGGCUGCGGGGCUGCUGUCACUGUGCCCGGAUGACAAAAAGCGGCACAGUCCCGCCAACAGCCUACUGGAGGCAGCGGCUCGUGGAUAUGGAGUCGCGGACUUCACGGGGUUUUGGAAGGAGUGCGUUAAUGGGACCUGGGAGGACUUACAGCGGCAGCAGCAGCAAGAGCAGCAACUGGCGCAGCAGGGGCAGCAGCAGAUGAACGACUGUUUCAGUGUGCGGUGCCCUAAUGGCCUGGACCUAAGGGCCAGCGCGUCGGAGCUGGCUAGCCCUCUGGGUCCGGCUGGCCUGAAGGGCAUCCUGGCAGCUGCUGCGGGCAGCCCCACGCCCUGCUGGCUGGACAAACUGGAUAUGCUGCUACAGCUGCCCUCUGGCAGUGACGAGGCUGCUUCCGUUGCUGCUGCAUCUGCUGUUGCAGCAAAGCUAGCAGCGCGCCCGGACUUGCUGUCCGACGUCUUAGCAGGCGCCAUGUCUGCGCCGGACGGCCUGGCCCGCGUGCGGCUGCUGUGGGAGCAGCGCGGCUGGCGGCUGGCGGAGGGCUCUGCACUGGAGGCCGCGGUGGCUGCGGCGGGGAAGCGUGGCGACACGGCCGCAAUCAGCUACCUGUUUGACAAUCUGGGGGCGCAGGUAGCGCUAGCCGUUGAGCAGGGCCACAGUGUUCCUGACGUGUUGCGCAAAGCGGUGUUUGGCGGCCACCUUGCGGUGCUGCAGCUGCUGGCGUCGCGCGGCGUGCGCUGCAGUGGCGGGACGUUUGCCAACCUGGCGGGUUGUGCGGUGUUAGAUGGUCACACCCACAUCCUCGACUACCUCCUGUGCAAGCAGGCGCCGCCGCCACUCCUGCUUGAGCCGCCGGCAGGGUCCUGGGCGGACUCGGAUCUCCGGAAACGCGCGCUAAAGCAAGCGCUGGAGUGGGGGACCCCUGCGUUGCUGGAGGUGCUAGAACGGCUGGGCUUUCCUUUCGACCGCACGGAGGCUGUUUACCUUCAUAUGCUUAAACUGGGUGGAGACGUUCCAAUGAUUCGGGCGCUGGCGCGGCUGCGGUUCUGCGGCCCUGACUGCCACAUCGCACUAACAUCGCUGCUAGGGGACCCGGCUGUGCCGCUGGACGAAAUACGGUGGCUGCUGGAGGGAGACGGUGGGAGCGGUGGUAGUGGGGAGGCAGGCAGCGAGGGUGGCGCUGCAGGGCCGUCCGAGGGCCCGGCGCCCACCGCGGCGCCCAAGCCCGGCCCGGCUGUGAGACUGGUCCUGCAGGAUGCGGCGUUAUGGCAGCGAGUGCUAGAGGCGGCGGGGCGGCGGGGCCAGGGGCAGGCGGCACGGGAGGUGCGGGCCUGGCUGGAAGGCUGGCGGCAGGCGAACAUGAAGCCACCUGGCGACAGCAAUGAGCGAUGGCAAGGGCCGAGGGCACGGGCCGAGGGGUCGUGGGGUGGCUGGAAACACCGAGCCGCCGAUGACACUUGGCAGUGCUGCAUCACGUAGGCAUAGCCUACGGCAGUUUGUGGGUAAUCCUUGCUUUUGUUUCCAGUGAGGUCUGUUGUUGUUAAGGCUAGCUUUUGGCGACGUCUGGUAGCUUCCAUUUAGUGUUAGGGUCAUCACAAGGUGUGCAUGCGCAAUGUGGGUACCGUGUGGCUGUUCGUGCCGCACCAUGAGGCUGGACCGAGCUGAACUCAGGCAUGUGUGUUGAAGUGUGAUCGUCCUUAGCCUUACGGAUGAUCACACUCGAACAGAACGUGUACUCGUUGGGGUGGUAGUGUGUACCUGAUUCCUUCGCUUCCUGUGUGCUUGUGUACAGUACAGUGUUUGUGGUUCGUGCCUUGGACGGGGCGGUGACCGCCCGCCCACAGCCCACCUUCGCAAUGAGUAUUGUGUGGACCGGACCUGGGGCACGGCACGCGGUGUGAUUGCCCUGCUUUAAGCAGCUAGUGGCCUCCACCGGUGUCGGUUACACAACCGCACAAAGGCACAUGCGCAAUGCAUUUUGUGGACAUGUGGUGGCUGCGGGCCAUUAAGAGCAUACCCCUGCACUGCACAGGACCCCCCAAUGAUUUGUCGACGCAGGCAGGCAGGCACAGACGCCUGGCGACGGCAUCAGGAACUACAUACGAACUAUAGCGAAAGUUCAGAUAUUGACCGUGACAGAGACGGCGACGAUGACAGUGGCAGCGACAAUAAUAGCGUGUGAUAGUAAGGGCCGUCGGAACUUGGUGGCUGUUAACACUGCUGUGUUGGUGGUGUUGUGGUGGUGACAUGUUAGUACGGCAGUGUUGUGUUGGGGGUAUGCACGUGCUGACUCGGGGGCUGGCUGCUGUAAUGCAUGGCGAAGAACCGGCGCCUUCCUGAGAUGGCCGCUAGGGAAGGCAUGGGCAUCAGGCAAGGGCGUUAUCGUUAUGCAUGGGGCUGAAGGCCAACCGCAGUAGCUGCCUCCCAUCAUUCACUGCGGUGGAUGUAUAUACAUGUCACGGUCCGUGCAGUUGCAUGGCUGUAGUAUUGGGUGCCGCAUUACACACACAUGUGUGUUAAAGAGCACAAGGAACACAAUAC